AUGAAUAUAUAUACUCAUUUAGAAGAUUUAUCAAAUGAAAUAUUUGAUUAUUUUCAUGCACUUGAUAUUUUUACUAGUUUUGUUUCAUUAAAUCAACGAAUUUCAUCUAUUUUGCAAUUGAUUCCACUUCGUAUUAUUAUUUCACAUAAUAAUUGUCGUCGUCAAAUUGAUUUUCUUUCUUCUUAUCUUACAUAUCAUGUUGAUCAAGUUAUUUCAUUAAAAAUUCAUGAUAUAAUUCUUGAUUAUUCAUAUAUUAUUAAUUUAUUAUUUAAUCGAUAUAACUUUAUUAAUCUUCAAUCAUGUAUAUUUCUUGCAUUUAAUCCAUCAACAAAACUUGAAAAUAUUUUUAAACAAAUUCAAAGUCUAAAUAGACUUGUUAUAUUUGAUUUUCAUCAAUCAUUUCAUAGAAAUAUAAAUGAAAAAGAUAAAUGUGAUUUAACUCAAAUAAUGUUAAUGCAUAAAUCAUCUUUUCUUCAUUCAAUGGUACUUCAAUAUCGUUAUGAUUAUUUAGAUAUAUCAAAUAAUACUUUAAUAUCUUCGAAUCAUAUAUCCUUUAGUUAUGUAGAUAUGAUAGAUCUUCAACUGUAUCUUUUUAUUUAA